CCGAAGAUCACCAUAUCAGAACCAUGAAUGCCGCAAAAGGUUUCAACAAAUCUCUGCCAGAUGAGCUGAUGAGCUGGACUCAGGUAGACUCCCCAAUCCUUGAAGACUUACUCAUGAAUGACACCAUUGACUCAGGAGUCUUUGUUCAGAACUAUGAUGAAACAAGGUCAUCAAGUAGGUUCAGCAAUGGAUUCUCCUUCAAUUCAACCUCAACAUAUCAAGGCAAUGAUUUUAUUGACACAUAUCAAUUUCCACCAACCACAUGGAGCAGUGGAGAAAUCAGUGGUAAUGACAACAAUGCCAACACCAACUGUCGAUAUGUUGACAACCCAUUUGCCUUUGGGAUGCCAUGGGAGAAGUCUCAAGCUACACCACCUGAAAACACAAGAUCUGCAUUUUCUUCAACUUCUUCAUCUGCCUCCUCAUUAUCAUCUCAAAUCAACUCAGGAUUUCAGGACCUUGCCAUAUCUUCAGCAGCUCCCUCAUCAUCUCCCAUUGACUCAGGAUUUCAGGACUUUUCUGCAUCAUCCUAUCCUCCAGUGUUCCAGGGGAUGGAAGAUUUACCUGAUUCUGCCCCAGUGUGGACACCCUCUGAAUCAGAGAGCCAGCCACCAAUAGAAUUCGUAAACUUCAUGAAAGCUUAUCACACCUGGAUGAGGUACAAACAGAGGAAUUCUCCCAAUGUUCCAUGUAUUCCAGCAAUUCCAACACCACUCCACAGCCAGGAGGACAGGGGUUGUGCCCUUUGUAAGAAGAACCGCAAGCCUCAGUCCUUCUACUCCACUCAUGUUUUGAAGGAUAACAAUGGAGUAGUUAUUUGUCCAGUUCUGAGGGAAUUUACCUGUCCAAAAUGUGGAGCAACUGGAGACCGCGCCCAUACCCUUCGUCAUUGUCCCAUUGCCAGAAAGGAAAACCACAUCUAGGUUCAACUCAUGGAGAGUUCUACUUCUUAAAGCAAGUGAUCAAGCAAUGAGAGAGUGACUAGAUGAGUACAGAUCUAAGUGAAGAUUUUCCAUUACUAAAAGUAAUACAUAUGUAUCCAUGGUGGUUCAGUGUAAUUUCAUUCAACAGAUGACAUAAGAGACAUGACCUCCAUCUUAAUAGGUUUUUAUUAAAUAUUUUUUUCAAUUUGCAGUACAUUUCAUGAUUCUUUAUAUUUCUAUUUACCCAUUAAACAUAUUAUGCUUAUAAUAUUUGAUUUUCUAUGAUACAGAAUAUAAUGAUAUGUGCAAUGUCAAUUGAUAA